AGCGAGACCAAGACCACACGCACACCCAACAUGUCUGUGAGCAGCACCAGUAAUGGCAGUGACUCGACGGUACUUCCGAGUACAUUCCGGAAGCUGGUUUGCACCAAGCUGUCAAAGAAUUUCCGCGAGGCUGCUGUUUUGAAAACUGUCCCGAUGUUGAAACCUGGGCCUAGAGAAAUAGUUAUACGCAAUAGGUUUGUUGGGAUAAAUUCAACGGAGAUACACAGAACUGCAGGAUCUUAUAGUAUGGGGGUACUCACUCCCCCAUUUGAUCUGGGGUUUGAGGGCGUCGGAGAGGUCGUUGACCUUGGCAAAGAUGUCACACAUAUAAAGAUUGGCGACAGUAUAGCUUUCAUGUGCCUUUCAGCUUUUGGUGAAUACGUGAUGAUUGAUAAAAUACAGGCACUUCCAAUUGCAAGUGUGAAGCCGGAGUAUGUACCUUUCAUGGUCAGUGGAUUGACUGCAGAUUUAGCCCUCAGGAAUGCUGGCAGAAUAAAGAAAGGAGAAACUGUGUUGGUUACAGCUGCUGCUGGUGGGACUGGCUCACUUGCGGUUCAAUAUGCCAAACUUGCAGGCUGUCACGUCAUCGGAACCUGCUCUUCAGAGUCGAAAGCAGAAUAUCUUAAGAGUAUUGGCUGUGACAGGCCGAUCGUUUACACCAAGGAAAACGUAGGAGAUGUUCUGAGGAAGGAGUACCCAAAAAAAAUAGAUGUUGUUUAUGAAUGCAUUGGCGGGGAGAUGUUUUCAACAUGCUUUGAAUGCCUAGCUCAUUUGGGGCGCAUGGUCAUCAUCGGAUUUGUCUCGGGAUACGCCGAAGGCACUAAUGCUGAAGGAUGUAAUGCUGCUACUCCAUAUUUGAGUAAAAGGCAAACGAUGCUUCUUCUAACCCGCUCACUCAGUGUAAGUGGAUUUUAUUUAUACGAUCACAACCCCGAUUGGAACGAGUCUUUCGCCAGACAAGUAAAGCUUUUUGAGGAAGGGUCAUUGCAGAGCAAUAUUGACAAUGGAAAGAACUCCGAGAAAGGGCCGUUUAAAGGCAUCGAGGCAAUCGCAGAUGCAAUUGAGUUUCUCUACACCAAGAAGAGCCAAGGCAAAGUCGUCGUUGAGAUUCAAUAAAACACGUUCCAACAUUUGUGAUUGGUUAAAUCAAGACAGAAGCACUCUGAUUGGUCAAGGCCCAAUUUCAUAAAGCUGAAAGCAGAAAGUACUGCGCGACAAAUUUCUUUAAUGAGCAAAAAUUGAGUGGGGCACCAAUCACAACGAUGUAAAACUCCAUGUAAUUUUGGCUGGUAGCCUGAUUCUGUUUUUGUGCUUAAAGGCUUUGCGAAAUAGGGCCCUGACCUUUAACCGAGAGCUUUAUUGUUCAGUUUGAACAAGGACAGUGAUUUUUCAACAACAUUAUGACACAGGGUCCAUGACUGGUCAAUAGUAUUAAGAAACAAAGGUUAUGAUUGGUCAGUGGCAUCAAAGAGAAUUCCCUGCGUCUGUAAGCGUGAAUUCUUAACUUAUUUUUUAUUAAUUUUUUUCAUUUCAAAAUGGUUUAUUGUAAAAAGCAGAUCUGUGAAAUAAUACCCGGAUUAGCAUCUUCUUCAUUGAUAGCUACAUAGAAAGUUGAAAAGCACUGUGCAGAGUUGGUGAAAGAAGUUGGCAAAUCCCUCCUUUUUCUUUGGCAAUUAAAGAGCGACUUGCUCAUUAAUUUUGUUUAUGUGAUCACAUUUCAUUAUUGAUAAAAGCACGCAAAGAUGAAGUAGUCACAUGUCUCAUCUUUUUCUGAUUUUGCAGCUGCAAAAAGUAAUAAUUGCUAAGUGAAGCCUAUUCUCCAAAGCUUAAAAGAAAUUAAGUAGGCUAUUGACCGGUUGACCCAUUUCACCUGACAUCAUCAUCAGAAAAAUCUUGAAUGCUGGUGGGCAAUUUCACUGUGCGUUUUUAUAU